AUGAGCGAGCCGAAUAAUGUGAACAACGAUCAUGUCAGACCUUUUACCAACGUCUGUCAAUCAUCUUACCCAGAUGACUUUAAUUUUGAUGACGCCAAUCCUCCAAUUCACCAAUAUCAUACUCAAAGUUACCUUCCUUCUACCUCCCUUUCUCUCUCCGAUAAUGUCGAUAUGUCUAUUACUAUGAAUACUAUGGACUGCAGAAAUACCACCGGAAAUUAUACAGGCGAUGCAUCAUGCAAUCCCUCGGAUUCGUAUUAUACCCACAUUAAUGGACGGUUGAAUUCACCGAAUCUCGAUCAAGCCGAAUCCCACGCAAACAGCUCUUGUCCGCUCCCAGUACCUUUUCAAACAGUCUGUGACCCUUAUUUCGAUACGAUGAACGACGGUCCGACAGGUAAUUUUCAACAUCUCGGUACUAAUUCAUCCAUCUCAUACAUUCUUACGCACGAGCCCACAAACUCCGGAUAUGUUUUUAUGAAAGUAGAGUAUACUCAAUUAGGCAGGAUAUCAGCUGCUGAUAUUGACAAAAUAUUAGCCCUAACUCAAAUGUGA